AUGCAUCUAUCAACCUUCUUUACCGCACUUCUCGCAGCCGCACCACUGGUGGUUCAGGCCUCGCCCAUCUCUCUUGAAGGAGACAAACUCGAAAACGUGGAGGUAGAGAAGAGAGGCAUCGGCAGACUCAAGUAUCCUCUCUAUCUCACAACCCUUCCGAAGAACAUGACUUUUACACUCAACGAAAUCGCCAAGAACAUUCCCAAGGGCAUGGAAGCCUGGGUAGAAGAUGGCAAGAAGCUCCCCUACACCGUCUCCAACGCCGACGUCGAGGCGGCAAAGAAGAGGGGCGCGAAAGGAGUCUUGUUGGGCCGCUUUGCGAUGCAGACGGGAGGCUCCGGCUUUGGAGGAGGCACUGGCUCAAGCUUCAACAUCAAAUACACCAUCAGCGGCCGCGCGCCCGAGGCUGCAGGGACCGCGGUGCAGAAGACCCCAGGCACGCUUACCAUCAGCACCUCGGACUGGGGCGUCUUUGGUCGGCCCGACACAACCACCUUUAGCUGGAACGUCGGCCAGUCGGGCUGGGGUACGUGGACGGCCAAGACACCUACGCUCGUCUCCCCCGAUGACGCUUUUAUCGCCGUUGCAUACGUCCCCAAGAUGAAGGCCUACAUAUUCUCUCUCACUACGGACACCGAUUCUAUCACCAAGUUCAUGCGGGGCAUGGUUGGUGCCGUCCUCACACUCCAUGAGGUUGUUCUGUCCGCUGGAAGUAGCUCUCUGGGCACGGUGGCCAGCCUUGGAAUGAAGGCAGCACUCUGGGUUCCAAAGGCGCUUUAA